AUGAGAAUAUUAAGAUUUGUGUGCUGUUUUUUCUUGGCUGCACAUACCAGUUUGAGUUCAGCCAGUCUGUCGAACUGUGAUGAAGUGCGCAAAGUUUAUCAGUUGAAGCAAAUUGGACCGGUGAAGUCAUUACCUGAGAAACCAAGGACAGGCUCAGAUCUUCAGGUAUGCACAUCGCGGAACCUGACAUGCUGCACCAAGAAGAUGGAGGAACGCUACCAGGUGGCUGCACGCCAGGACAUCCAGAACCUUCUGCAAACUUCCAGUUCAAGCUUGAAGUUCCUGAUCUCACGCAACGUGGCAGCAUUUCAAGAGGCCGUUGAGGCAUUGGUGCGACAGGCGGAGAAUCAUACCCACGCCCUCCUGCUGGCCACAUACGGAGACCUGGCGGGGGAGGUCGCCGGGGCCGUGGCCGAACUCUUCACCGACGCCGGCCUUUUUGUGCUGGGCUCUGAACUGAGCCUGGACGAAGCCUCGCGCCGUUUCUUCGACGCCCUCUUCCCGUCCGUUUACGACCGCCUGGUUCGGCCUGGUCUCGGCCCCCUCUCCCCGGCCUACUCGGAGUGCCUCCGCUCCGCCCGUCGCGAGCUGGCCCCCUUUGCCGGCGCACCCGACCGCCUCUCCGCCAUGCUCUCUCGUUCCUCCCUCCCCAGCCGUGUUUUUCUCCAAGCUCUUCACCUGGGGGUGGAAGUCAUCAACACCACCGAUCACCUGCCCAUGACUCGUGAGUGUCGACGUGCCCUGUUACGCAUGAGCUACUGCCCUCACUGCCAGGGACUGACUCACAGCCGACCGUGCACGGGGUACUGUCUCAACGUAAUGCGGGGCUGCCUGGCCAGCGCGGCCGAAGUCGACGCUCCCUGGAGAGAAUACGUGCGGUCGCUGGAGUCCCUGUCGGGGCGUAUGCAGGAAGGGCUGGAGCUAGAGCAGGCCCUCAUGGCUCUGCCGGAGCUGGUCCGACAAGCGGUGGCGCACGCACAGAAGAACGGACCACGGAUCUCUGCUCAGGUCCACAGGGUGUGUGGUCACCCCAGCAGAGAGGUAGUGCAGUCAGGCAGUGCUCAGCAGGGAGGGUCCAGAGACUCCAUCCCUCUGAAAGGACCAAUCAGAAACACAGAAGAAUCCCUCAGUAGCAGGAGAAAGGAGUUCAUCGACAGCUUACGGUUGUAUCGGGCUUUCUACGGCGGCUUGGCCGACCAGCUGUGUGUCAGUGAGCUGGCAUCUGGAGAUGGAUUGGCGUGCUGGAAUGGAGCCGACGUCGUUAAGAGCUACACACUGAGAGUGGUAGGCAAUGGGAUUAAGGCCCAGGCUGUGAAUCCAGAAGUACGAGUGAAGGAGGCUGACCCUGUGAUCAAUCAGGUCAUUGAUAAACUGAAACACAUCAAUCAGUUGCUACAGGGAAGGUCCAUCCCAAAGCUGGGCACCCUGGAUCAAAUUGAGACGGGAAGUGGAGAUGGAGAGGCACCGUACAGUGGAGACUGUGAUGAUGAAGAUGGGUGCUGGGGAUCGGGCAAUGGAGCAGUCAAGAGAACAGUGAUGAGAACAGUAUCCAAAACUUUUCAUAGGCUGGGAGAAAAGGAGGGCUCCAAGCAUGGUGAUUUCACACUUGCUAUGGCAUCACAAAAAGUGGUGAUGAAAAACACAAGUGGUAAUGUUCACAGUUUAUGGGUUAUGGAAAGAACCUUAGAACACAGAUGGAUGUGGAAGGACGAGGUGACUUCUCUGAGCUUUUCCCUGUCAAUGUCACCUUCUUUCAUGGUAUUUAGCAGCACAAGGUGCCGACGUUACUGGCAUAAGAGCAUGGAGAAAAAUAAAAGGCGUCAGUAAGGUGUAUCAGCAGAAAUAGAGACUCGCAUCGAUUGGCUUGUCGGGGAACACAAUCAGAGGAAGUAG